AUGGCUUUUCGCCGUAAUUGUUUGCUGUUAAUUGUUGUGUUGAUAGUUGUUUGGGGUUCGCAGUGUGGCGACGCGUUUGGGACGUUUGGGUUCGAUGUACACCACAGGUACUCUGAUCCAGUGAAAGGAAUUUUGGACCUCGAUGGAUUGCCUGAGAAAGGUAGUAUGGAGUACUAUUCAGCUAUGGCUCAUCGUGAUCGGUUCAUCCGGAGACAUGGUGGUCGACGGCUUGCCGACACCGUUGACUCAUCACCGCUCACUUUCGAUGGAGGCAACGAAACUUAUCAAAUCGAUG